AUCUCUUUUUUUGCACUCUACGAAAACGGAAGGCCGAGCGCCCGCUGUCGCUGUUAUUUCUUUCAAUCCAUUUCCUCUCUAUCAUAUUUUCUGUUUCCUCGCAGAAGUUUUUGGGGUUCAACCUAAAUUCUCUCGAUCUCCGUUCUUGUUGCUUGAAAUCUGUUGAGGACAAAAGAAGGCGAAUUACAAAAUGAAUAUCUUCAGAUUCGCUGGUGACAUGACUCAUUUAAUUAGCAUCUUAGUGCUUCUCCUCAAAAUCUACGCUACCAAGUCUUGCUCAGGUAUUUCACUGAAGACUCAGGAGCUAUAUGCGCUGGUAUUUUUGACUCGCUACUUGGAUCUUUUCACGGAUUUUAUAUCUUUAUACAACACCAUCAUGAAGCUGGUCUUCAUUGCUAGCUCUCUCGCCAUUGUUUGGUGUAUGAGAAUGCACCGAGUCGUGAGGCGUUCCUAUGAUAAGGAAAUCGACACGUUUCGUCAUUAUUUUCUCAUCUUGGCAAGCUUCCUCUUGGCGCUUUUGGUCCAUGAGAAGUUCACAUUUCAAGAGAUCUUUUGGGCAUUUUCAAUCUACUUGGAGGCUCUCGCUAUUCUUCCCCAGUUAGUUUUGCUACAACGAAGUGGAAAUGUGGAUAAUUUAACUGGGCAAUAUGUCUUCUUUUUAGGGGCAUAUCGUGCUUUCUACAUUCUUAACUGGAUCUAUCGCUAUUUUACGGAGCAGCAUUUUAGUCGAUGGAUAGCUUGCCUCUCUGGUAUUGUCCAAACAGCUCUCUAUGCAGAUUUCUUCUAUUAUUACUUCAUCAGUUGGAGAAACAAUGCUAGACUGCAGCUGCCAGCUUGAGCUGAGCAAAGUUGUUUUUUCCUGACAAAUUUGAUCUUGUCGAGCAAAGCUACUUUUUAAGCCUUUGGUUGAACUUGCCUGAUUAAAAGUCCGGGAAGGUCGAUACUUGGAUGAGUAGAGGAGGAUACACGAUAUAUAGUUCUCGCUUAGAUUUAGAUUAGUAUGCGGUAGUUAUGGCAGUUUUAUCACCCUUUCCCAUUAUUUUUGACUUGUAAAGAUAUUAUUCUGAUUCGGGAGAGGGUGAAAAUGUGACUGUAGUUGCCAAAUUACCAAGCUAGAGUUCAUCCUUAUCUUUCAUUAAAUGCAUGCUACAAAUUUUACAGAUCUUGGCUGGAUGUAUAGAAACUUGUAUUGAUGUUUAGGGAUGCGGGAGUGUGCUUCCUAUGCAUUAUGUUCUGCCUUAUGAUUGAAAGAGAAGUAAAGAAAGUGUCAUUUGAUUAUCGAA